GGUCAAACAAGAGUGUCGAGAAAAUACUUUUAUUUUAUGUCUGAUGUUUCACGUUGAAUAUUAAUAAUUACCCUCAGUAAACAAUGGAGGAAACAGCACAUCUUUUUGCGUUAGCUCAAGCGCAAAAGUGGUAGUAAACGUAUUUUAUUCUUUCUUUCUUUAUUUUUUCGAGGUGAGUUCGUUAUCUUUGAGUCCAUCGCUGACACAUUUUAUUUGUGUUUUCUGUUUUGGGAUGUUUGAGGUUUUUUGUUUCUGAAGAAUAGAAACGGACCAGCCGGGAAUCGCGUGUUUGGUUACUCAUUCAUUUUUGUAAUUAACUAGUUCUUUUAUGAUUUCCAUAAUAUAUACAUACUCAAUCGGACUAUCAUAAUUCAAAUUCAAUUAACUUAAAUAACUAGAAUCAUCUAUUUCAAUUUCAUUGAAGGAGCUGGUGGAUUAUCCUUACUGUCCUUAGUGACUUAGUGUUAAAUUAAUUGAUACUGUGCGAUUGAUGAAAGACACUAAUUGAGUCUAGUCUGAGUGAACUCUGUCAAGUCCAAAUUAUUAGUAUUAGCCUAUUUACUCUUACUCUUACUUAUUAUUAUUUAGUAGGCCACAUUAAUCUAAUUAUAACAUAAUAUCAAUAUAUUCAUUUCAUUUUAAUUUAUGUAGUUAGGCCUAGGCUUAUAAAUUAUAAAUAAGUCUAAAGGAUAGCCUAAUUUUAAUACUAAUUAAUUUAAUAGUUAUUAAUAGUAAUAGCCAUAUUAUUAUUAUUUAUCUUAUAAAAAAUUAUAAAUAUAGGACUAUUAACAAUUAUUCAUUCUUCAACAUUCAUGUUUGGCCAAAUUAAAUUUUAAAACACCAGUAUUAUCAGAUAUGAUGUGAAUCACUACACUCAUUUGACUUAACAGAUGUCACUGACUAAUUGACUAAUUACAAUUAAAAAAUAAGGGCCCUCCAUAAACGUUAUUAUGCAUCUAGAGGGUAGGAGGGAGAGGUAAAAAAUGGGAGGUUGAUAGAAGAGGUGCAUUUUUAGCAUCUAGUUCUUGCCAAGGGUGCCAUAUAUCCUUGGUACGGUAUAGCACAUAAUUAGCCUAGGUACAUAUUUAUAUAUUUAUACUUUACACUUUACAGCCUAUACAACUUUGGGCAAUCCUCCGAAGUCCGGUCCCAAAAUAUUUCCAAUGAUUACUCCUUGCUUAAAAGUCUUAGGUAUCAUUUUCUUUGAAGUUCAUGUUUGCGGUAGUGGAUGAUGUUGGCCGUCGAGAUGCACAAACACUCGAGUGCAUUAUCACUAACCACGUGUUACCAGGGACAACUAUUGUCACGGAGGCUUGGCGAGGAUAUCAAAAUGUCGGUCAGCUCAACAACAGGAUUUUUGCAUGCGCAUGAAUUUGUUGAUUCUCAUUAGACCAGCUCAUUCACACAGAAACUAUUGAAGGACUUUGGAUGCAAGUGAAAUGUAAACUCCGAUAUCAGAGUGGUACUAGUCACAGUCUGUUUUCCAGCUACUGGGGGGCCUUUCAGUGGUGCAGCUGUCACAUUCAGAACGUUUUCAGCUGCUCUUUGCAAAUGCUAUGCACCAAUGACAACAUUUAGUAUUUACUGACUGGUUUGUGAAGUGCCAGUUAUUUUGCAAAAGCUAUGACUGACAUUUCUGCUGUUUUCUAACAAUACACACUGUGCAUUGCAAUUUUUUUCAAACGAAAUAAUUUGGGACCGGUCUUCAAAGGAUUGCCCAACUUUAGGUCAAAUAAUUAAUUGAUUACUGUAACUUACUACUCAUAGUUCAAACUUUAACUUGCCAGAAUGAUACUACCUGCAAUGAAAUGUUAAUUGUAUUCUAUGCUACAUUUUUAAAAACUGUUGAUGCACAUUUGUGACAACAAAUACUUUGAAACUGAAAUUUAUAGCUGUUUGAUUAAUUUAUAUAGGUUGAUUAUCUUUAUAACUUAUAACUGGUAAAAAUUUUUAAAUUAAGAUAAAUUUAUUUUAUAAAUAUUUGUUUUCAUAACAUUGUAUUGUACACCUUUUAUCAUACCAAAUAAAAACAGGACAGAAACAUUCUGAUUAAGAUAACAAUUUUAAACUAUUAAAACUUUCAUUUGAGACAUUUUAAAAAUAUUUUCAAGCCAAAAUGUCACUGAUUGCUAAAUAAUUAAUUUUUUGAAAAUCUGUAGACCUAUACUAAGCCUCCUAAGGGCUACCAAACACAUUUUAAAAAAUCCCCCUCAGUCACUCUCAAUACUGUAAAAUAAUGAACAGCCAAAUUCUUUUGGAAGAAUAAUCACAACCAUCGUGCUUUGCAUCCCAACAGAAUGCUUUUAAAUGAAAACAAAAUUGUAGAACUUUGGCUCAUAAGUCAAAAUUUAACAUGGAACUUUAAGUGACAUAAAUUACAAAAAUAAUCGUAUCAUGCUAUUUAUUAGUGCUAUUAAAUUUUGUUCUGGAAUGCAUUUCAUACUUUUGUUUUUGAACACACAUAUUUCUUUCAGGAUGCGAACAAGUAAAUGCUGUGCACAGUUAAAAAAAAGUCACACUCUUUCUUUUUAGCCGCCAUUUUAUGAAAAUUGGCAAAAAUACAAGAGAAAAAAAACCACAAAAAAAUUGUACUCUUAAAGUGAAUAGAUCUGAGGAGGUAAACUCAGAAUGGCAACAGCUCUGCAAGGGUGUCCAAACUCUCACCAGGACUUGAUGGCCAUUAAUAUGCACAAUGCAUCGGGCACUUUGGUUGAUGAUAAUGACGUCGGUAAUGAUACCGACAGGCGAAUAGAUCCGCCAGUCAAUGGUCAGGUCAGCAAAGACAUCAUUACUGAUGAUCUUGUCAGACGGAAGGCGUUUCGCUGGUGUCAGGAUUCUAUAGGCGGUGCUUGGCUUCAGCUGUCAUCAGAUAAGGAUCUUCAGAUUGAACCUGUCGGGUAAAUAGUUUUAUUCUUUGAAAGCUGUUGUUAGUUUUUUCAGUCUUGAAUUUAAAUUACUCAGCUUCCAAGUGUAGUGAAAAUGCUUAAAGUUAAGAACCAUUUUUAAAUCAUUGACAAAUUUUGCAUUCUUGAAGCUAGGAUAGUCUUCAUAUUUAUUUUAUUUUGGUGUAAAAUAGGAUUUUAAGUGUAAAAAAAAAAGGGAUAGCAAGAGUUCUUUAGUGGUGAAAAAAAAUUAAUGGAAAAAUAUUGUAUUAUUUAGAAUUAAACAAUUUUUUCUUAGUGCACCAGAUCACAUUAUGACCAUUUUAUCCUAUUAAAAUAUUUCCAGAAAUUGUCAACUUUCUGUUAAUUUGCAUGUAAUAUUUCUAUAAAUAAGUUAGAGGAGUUAUUUUUAAGCAGGUCAAAUGAACAUUUAUCCUUUCCCCAGUGGUGGAAUGUCAAACUAUUUGUACCUGAUAUCUCUACCUGACGGCACAAGGCCACACUGUUCUGAGCCAACACAAGUUUUAUUAAGAAUCUAUGGGCAGAUCAGCAAGUCCACCCUAGAUUUUCUAGUGCAUAACUCUGUGGUCUUUGCAUUGCUUGCAGAGAGAAAGCUUGGCCCAAAACCCUAUGGAAUGUACCAUGAUGGAAGGAUUGAAGAGUUCAUUAAGGUAGCAGUUCAUUCUGUAACUGUGUUGUAUUAAUAGUAAUAUUUUUUCAAGACAAAUUUGGGUGUAUGUGUUUUUUUUGUUGUUGUUGUGUUUUUUACCUUUUCUUUAUAGAUUGGAUAAAUUGAGAACAACUUUAUAUUUUUACAUCCUAAUCUGAUAUUUUUAAAAGGGUUUUUAUACUAUUUUGUAGGAAAAUUAUAUUUUGUAAAGCAAAAUCUAAAAUAAUUCUUUGUUAAUAUUUUAAAAAUAUUAUUUACAAGAGAAAAGCAUUCCAAAAACUAUACAAAUUUGCCAAUUUGCCAUCAAGUUUUGAAUUUCCAAAAUAUUUAAUUAUUAUUUACACUUCUAGUAAUUUAUGUAAUCAUAUCUACCAAAAUUAUAAUAGACUUCCGAAUUUGAAAAAAUCUACAAUGGAAUAAACAUAUCUCCAAACUCACUUUCAGUAUGUUUGCUUUUGGUAACCUUUUCGCUAGCUGCCACGAAAAUACUUGCUAACUGCCCUCAAAAUACGAAAAUAUGACAAAAAAUUCAUUUUUUGUUUACAUUCUGACCAUCUCAUGUUGUUUUUUUAAUUAACUUCCUGUUCUGUAAAAUAAAAUCUCAAAAUGAAUGUAAGAAUUUAAAUAUAUAACUAGUUUUCCUCUGAAUCAAUCGUGACGCUGACAGUGGCUUAUGGCCAUGACCAAAGGAAUUUUUGAUGCUACCAGUGGCUUAUGGUAGUUAACCAAUUAAACCUGCUAAGUCAUACGCCUCUGUCACGGAAAAAAUUAUUUGUUACCACCUGUAGAAUUAAACCGGACUUGAUUUUGAAAGGAAAUUGUUUCAGUAUAAAGAUUUAAUAUCAUUUUUCAAUUUCAGGCACGACCUCUAAAGCCAGAUGAUCUCCGCAAGCCAGACGUUAUGGAUAUGGUUGCGGAAAAAUUAGCACAAUUCCACAGCCUGGACAUGCCACUUUGUAAAAAACCAAGGUGGUUUAAGAGUUUGGUUAGAGGGUAAGCAGGGUUAAAUUUGUUUCUUUAAGGCUUACUAUUAUUAUUAUGACCAGCAAUGACACAGAUAUGUUCAUAAAUUGAAUCUGGUUUUGUCAGUCUGAUAAAACGAUGAUUUUUUUCAUUAUCCAGAUGGAUCAAAGAUAUACAGAACAACUUUGCUUCUAACAGCACCACUAUUGCUCGACUUCUCAAGAUGAGUCCAUCCUUCGAUAUGGACACAGAGUUCAAUGAACUGCUGUAAGUUUUCUUAAACAAAAAACAAACAUAAGGUAAUAUUGUUUUAAAGGGGGUUAACCAGUUUGAAAAAUAUUUUUAAUUAAAUUGAAAUCAGUUGUUUUAAAACUGGCGUUUGUUAUUGGUGGGGAGUAUUUAACCCUUUUUAUUUUCUAUACUGUAAAGGAAAAUCCAUGGUGAUGCUGAUGCUCAAAAAAAUUCUGUUGCUACUAAACCUCUUUUUCUUUUAUAAUUAAUUUUUUGUAGCUGGAUUGUUGUAUUGAAUUUAGACUUUAAAAUGACUAUCGAAUCAAGAAUUUAUUUUGAGUUAUUCUCAUCUGUCUGCUAUUUCAUUUCUUAAAUUAAUUGUGUUUUUUAUAAUCUUUCAGAAAAACUGCCAAUGACCUCAAUUGUCCGAUUGUGUUUUGUCACAACGAUUUACAAGGAGGUAACAGCAAGGGUUUUUUUUUCUUCCCCCCCUUUUUUUUUUAUAGUAUAGUGUUUUAGAGAUUGUAUAGAAUUUUGAGUUUUACUAAAGGCAAUCAUUUCGUCUCGUUUUGAGUUUUACUAUGUGUAAUCAUUUUGUAUAGAGUUUUGAGUUUUACUAUAGGCAAUCAUUUUGUCUUGAGUUUUGAGUUUUACUAUAGGCAAUCAUUUUGUCUUGAGUUUUGAGUUUUACUAAAGGCAAUCAUUUCACCGAUCAAGAGUAACACCCAAGUCAUGCUUUUAUUUAGUGAGGUUUUUAAAUAAAACUAGCCACAACAUGAUCAGUUCAGUAGAGAUUUUUGCCUUCUUAAUAAUUAAAAAAAAAACGUUAGUUUGAAAUACUGAGAUUUAAUAUACCAGCAAGACCAUAUACUAGUGUGUAGUACUUGAGUGAUCAUAUGCUAGUGUGUAGUACUUGAGUGAUCAUGUGCUAUUGUGUAGCACUUGAGUGAUCAUGUGCUAGUCUGUAGUACUUGAGUGAUCAUAUGCUAUUGUGUAGUACUUGAGUGAUCAUAUACUAUUGUGUAGUACUUGAAUGAUCAUAUACUCUAGUGUAGUACUUGAAAGAUCACAUACUAUUGUGCAGUACUUCUAAGAUCAUACCCUAUUGAAUAGUACUUGAACUCAGUGUCAGGUAGCUACAUUAUAUCAAUUAAAUUUCUCCAGGAAAUAUAUUGCUGGCUGAGAAGGCUACACCUUUAACACCAAGAAUGACUAUCAUCGACUGGGAAUAUGGCCACUAUAACUAUAGGUAACAUUUAUCUGUAUAUUAAAGCUAUUUUUUUUUUAUUAUUCAGCUAAUAUUUAAGUAAGGUCUACGUAUUUAAAAUUUAUUUCCGUCACAUGAAGUUUGUAAUCUGAAGCAACAAAUUUCAAUAAUCUAGGUCAGUGGUUCAAAAAAGUUUUGACUCGUGAAUCUUAUUUAGAAUAAAUUUGAUGGGGGGCCCCCCCCCCCCCCCCUGGGCCUACAAGUCUUACAAGUUUACAAGUCCCCAAUGUCUUACAAGUUUACAAGUCCCCAAUGUCUUACAAGUUUACAAGUCCCCAAUGUCUUACAAGUUUACAAGUCCCUAAUGUCUUACAAGUUUACAAGUCCCCAAUGUCUUACAAGUUUACAAGUCCCCAAUGUCUUACAAGUUAAUGAUGUUAAGGUUUUUAUUUUAUUCCUGGAGCGGCGGCAUAACCCCUGAGAAGUGCAUGCCAAGCCCUUAGAGCCCUAAGGAGCACAUGUUGGGAACCACUGAUCUAGUUGAGAAGAACUGUUUGUUUUCAGAUAUCCAGCUGAGUAACUUUUUUGUUCUCCUCAGAGGGUUUGACUUAGGCAACCAUUUCAAUGAGUGGAUGUUUGACUAUUCCAUGGCUGGUCAGCCUGGAUUUGAGUGGGUGGCUGCCAAUUAUCCUUCUAAAGAAAUGCAGGUUGGUCCAACUGGUUUUCUAUUAGCUUUUAUUUUUAUUUUUAAUCAACAAUUUUAGUAAUAAUUGGUAGUCAAACAUACAUAAAGCAAAAAAAAAAUGUGUUUGGUCCAAUGGGCUCUGGAGUGGGAAAAAAAUAUUUAUUUUCUUGAUCCUGACAGUGACCACAAUUGUCUUGUGCCUACUCUGACAAAAACUCCUCAACUUCACCACCAUGGUUGUGAAUGCGCCUUAUAGGUCAAGAUGACACUUAAAUUUAGUAGGACUUACAUUAUUAGAUUCAAUGGAUAAAAUCUCACCGUUACAUCUUCCUCAAAGAUAGUGCAGAAAGUUGUUCUUUAAAGAUGAUGGCUUUUUUAAUUCAUAAGUUUACCCAUGUGCAGAAAAAUAUUUCUUUGUUUUGAGAACUGACUAAAUUGUGUUUCCUAAGAAUACGAUCCAACAAAUUUUUGUUACAUUUAAUAGGACCUUGGCACUAAAAGCUGUAUACCAAAUUGGAGUUAUGUAGCAUUUCGUGAAUUUAAUGUGAUAAGCCAAACUAAAAUACUUGCACACUUCUAGCUCAUGUGAUUUUUAUAAAAAGUGGGUAAGCCUCUCCACUUAAAGAAGAACACUGUUUGUCACAGAAAAACACUGGCAAGUUAUUUUUUACAGGCUGCUUCGAAACGUCUUUAGUUCACCAAUGCUGAUAAAUGUAAAUAAAACAUAAUGCUGAUUUCUAGGAUUUAACUUUUUUUUUUUUUAAAUUUUCAGUAUCAGUUUUUCCGCUCGUACCUCAGGGCCUCGGGUAAAGAGGAGAUAACAAAGGCGGACCUUACGAGCAUUUACAAAGAAACAAACACCUUGGCUCUUCACUCUCACUUCACCUGGGGCGUGUGGGCCAUGGUACAAGCCCAGACGUCCAGCAUCGACUUUGAUUACUCUGUAAGUUUUCCCUUUACUUAUCCUUGCUGAAGUUUUUUGUUUUGUUAUACUAUUAUGUUUAUUUUAUAGCGAAAAGCUUUUUAUUAAACUCCUUAUUUUUUUUUCAUUUGAGCUUCUGCCAAAUGAAUGUAGUCAUCACAAUUAUUUUAAGUAGGACAAAUGUCUCUUCCCAAUGCCUUUGUUUAUGUGUUUUUCUAAAAUCAUUAAAAAAAAAUUAAAAAUUAUCAUUAUCUCUUAUGGAAAGUUAAAAAAUUCAACUCCUACAUAUAAGCUUUGAAAUAAUUUAGCUAAAAUAAAUGGUUUAUAGGACAUCUUACACCACCUGUCGAUAAAAAAAAUGUAAUAAUUAAUCACUGAAUAGAACAGUGCAUUGAUACAUGGAAACCAUCCAAGAAACUAAAAAAUAAAUGUAUUUUGUAAGUACAUUAGUAAAAGAUGAAUUAUUACAAAAUUCAUUUUGAUGGCAUUAAAUAUCUAAUUUGAUCACAUGGUUGCUAGAUGUACUAUCUACCUAAAUUUUCUCUUGUGUGGGCCCACUUACUGAUGCCAUUCCAUAACAGUGGAAUGCUGAGGGGAGAUUACAUGUAUUAGCUUUGUGUAAAUAGAAGAUGUUAUUUCCACAUUUGUUGUUUCUCCAUGCAGAGCUAUGCUCCACCAAUAGAUUACUCUGUGAGUUCCCAUGCAUGUUUUUAUUGGUUUCGUUUUAUCCUUCUUAUUUUCUGAGCUGGGUUUUUGGUGAUGGCAUGAAAUGGGUUGACAGUAUUUCUAUUACCAAAUGAUUUCCCAUGUCUGUGAAUAUGAACUACCUAAGGUGGAUUUCUCUCACCUGUUUGUAUUUGUACUAAUGAAGAUAGAUUUCCCUUGUCUACAUCUGCACUACUAAAGGUUGAUUUCUGUUGUCUGUAUCUGUACUUCUGAAGGUUGAUUUCCCAUGUAGUUAACCGAUUUUAAGUGGCACAUGCAUAUGAUAAUUGUUGAUCCUUAUUGAAGUCUAUUUGUGCAAUAGUCAAAUCUAGUCCUUUUAACACUAGAGACCUUGUAUUUGAUUGUGAUGAGGUUAUGGUAGAUUUCAUCAAGGCUACACCCAUUAUUAUUACAAGCCAAAAAUAAUAUUGAAAAAUAACAAACCAACUUUCUUGGUAUCAUUACAUAAGAGAAUAUAUAAUUUAUGACGGCAGUCUUGCAGUUGUAAGUUGUAGCCUUUAACAAACAGAUAAAGAAAUAAAACGAUCACAUGACUUAUUUUGCUUUCAAGAGGCAGUGUUUCUUAGACUUUAUACAUGUCAUGUUUUUAAUUGGGUUUCUGUUUGGACUUUCUGAUACAAAUCCUAAGCAUAUUGCAAUUUACAUAAACUAACGCAUGUAGGGCAGCAACUGAGAGCUGCAUGAAUGGCUGUGUUAUGUUGCUGAUAACCUAUUAAAUGCUUGCUGUUAGGGGCCAAUCCAUCAUCUCAAGCCCCCGAGCUCUGGUUAUUUGAUCCCCUUCUGUAUUACAAAACUCUAAUCCCCUGCCUUUCUCCCUCUUUUUUUAUUUAUCCCAAAUUUAGAAUAUUUCUUUGCUAGUGCUUGAGCUAUUAAAAGUUAAAAAUAGAUGAUUUACAUCUGUGCUUGUUGUCUCACCUGUAGAGACUGGUCAGUGGAACAUGCAUUCCCUGUGUGGUCUCACCUGUAGAGACUGGUCAGUGGAACAUGCAUUCCCUGUGUGGUCUCACCUGUAGAGACUGGUCAGUGGAACAUGCAUUCCCUGUGUGGUCUCACCUGUAGAGGCUGGUCAGUGGAACAUGCAUUGUCUGUGUGGUCUCACCUGUUGAGACUGGUCAGUGGAACAUGCAUUGUCUGUGUGGUCUCACCUGUUGAGACUGGUCAGUGGAACAUACAUUGUCUGAGUGGUCUCACCUGUAGAGACUGGUCAGCGGAACAUGCAUUGUCUGUGUGGUCUCACCUGUUGAGACUGGUCAGUGGAACAUGCAUUCCCUGUGUGGUCUCACCUGUAAACACCAACGUGCCUGCCAAGCCCAGGAAUUAUUUGGGAAGUGAAAAGGGGAAUUUCAUUCAAUACGACAUAAAUUAUUUUCUUUAAACAUGCAACACAAUUUUGUUGGGUGCUUCAAACGGACUUAGUGCAUCGAUGAGAUUUGUUAGAAUAGGUUUUAGUAUUUAUUUGAAAUGAUAAAAUGUUUACAGUUGUAAAAAAAAGGCAUGAAAAUUACAAUGUGUUGGAUGAUAGCCAUUCCUGUCUUGCAAAUUCAUUGUUAAAUUAAAAUUUAAUAUUCACUAUCUAGUUUUAAAAUGAAUUUGGAAGCCAGGAGGCACACAAAACAAGUGUUUAAAGAAAAUUCAGAUGUGUUAAAAAAGUUAGGGGGAAGCUCUACCAAUGACAAAGCAAAGUGAACGUUUCACGAUAUAAAAAUGUCAAUAUAAUAUACUGGCACAUGUAAUUUAAAAAGUAGCAUUCCCUAAAUCUGGAGGAAGAAUUCAUUAUGCCCCAGGUGGUGUACAAGUAGUUGGUACUGAAUGAAUGGUGUUCGCAACACUUCUUUUCCUAACCAACAUACUCAUGCUGGGCUGUCUGCUCAGUUAAUUUGUAGUGUGUGUGUGUGUGCAUUUCUCCUGAAUGGUGAGGAAUGCUUUUACAUGAAACCUAACUUGCUUUAUAUUUACGAUUAGUAAAGCCAAUCUCUCUCUCUCGCUACCCAUUGUACCCGAAUCUUUUAAACCUUUUUACCUUUAUCAUAGUCCGGCUCUUAGUUAUUUCUUUAAGAGCUUUAAUUUUUAUUGAUUUAUUGAAACUGCAUUGACUUUAUUUUGUAAAGAAACAAAGAAGAAAAAAAAGAAAGUUAUUAAAGAAAAAUCAUGUUACAAAACCAAGGUGAUUUAUAAGGUUUAAAUCCUCAGAUCAUGAAAAUUUAAUAUUUGUUUUAAACUUUUUUUUGAGAUUUUAAAUAUACAUAAUCAAUUGUUAACUUAUAAUUUUUUUGUUAUCUUCAUCAUCAAUCAGGCCUACGCAUUAACAAGGUUCGAGUCGUAUUUCAAGUUAAAAAAGAAUCUACCACAGAUUAUAGCAGAGGCCAAUGGCUAACUCGGACUCUCACAUCAAGGGGACCAUGAUCAACCAAUUUGUGCAUUGUCGGCUGGUUUUGGAGACUGUCAUUUACCUCACAGUUGUGUGAGGUGGGGGUGAGGAGAAGAGGCUUGGGUCUCCUGUACGGUAGGUGUAAUAGGCAAUCACUCUGUCCUGCCAAUCUUGACAUGCCCACAACUAAAUUGAUCAGCACAGCUGUUCAGAGGAAUGUAUGUGGGAUUUGAACAGAGAGGAGAAAUCACAACAGUUUUUAUCAUCUAGCAACAGACAAUGUUUGGCCCCUUAACACAGGGUAUUAAAUCAACCUGCACCUUUAUUUGUCCAGCCAUCUUUUCUUUUUGAGGACUAAUAUUUUUGUUGUGCAUGAGGGUGGGGGCCAUAUAACAAGAGAAACUUUUACCAUGAAACAUAAUAUGCAGUUUAGUACUGAUUUUUUUUGUUCCUCCUUAUCAUUAAUAAUGGAACCAAUAUUAGGUCUUAAACAGCGGAGUGUGAUUUUUGUACAUUUUUUUCAUUUAAUAUAGCCUGACAUCUUCACACAUCUGUUGGUUUUUAAGUGUGGCAAUAAUUGUGGCCUCGCUUUAAGAAAUGUUGAAGUAUCAUGAUGUAAAAUAAUAAUCAAACUGGAGUUAUCUGCCUUGAAUACCUCGGUUGGCAGUCUGAGGAAUUGCUUAACAUCACUUAUGUCACAACUUUAAACAAUUUAUCAUGAAUGUAAACACACAGAUUGGCAUUUUGGGG